AUAUCUAAUAAUUAUUUUCUAGGAACUGGCUUCUCUGCGUGAACAGCGGGGACAGAUGGAACAACCCUUUAACGGAGGAGGAGGUGGAGGAGGAGAUAACUAUGGAAGAAAUUCAGGAUUUAACAGUCGGGACAAUCGGGGUAAUGGAGGACCAAUGGGAGGACGAGGAGGUGGAGGAAUGGGAAAUCUUGGUAUGUUAGACAUGUUUGGUGAAAUGAUGGGAGGAGGCAUGGGUGGAGGUAUGGGCGGAGGAAUGGGCGGAGGAAUGGGCGGAGGAAUGGGCGGAGGAAUGGGCGGAGGAAUGGGCGGAGGAAUGGGCGGAGGAAUGGGUGGAGGUAUGGGAGGAGGAAUGGGGGGAGGAAUGGGAGGAGGAAUGGGCGGAGGAAUGGGAGGAGCCAUGGGCGGAGGAAUUGGAGGAGGCAUGGGCGGAGCUAUGGGAGGCAGAUACGGAAGUAUUGGCGGAGGAUACAGAUCAAGUAGUGCCGGAUCCGGCAGACAAGAUGAUUUUAGUGCGCCGCAAUCCGCCCCUGGCGGUAAUGUUGAAAAAUUAAUUAUGGAAAAGAUGAACUCAAUCUACGAAAACAUGGCGGCGAUCACCAGCAUGGCGAGUAUGGCUGGGAUUGGCGCACGUGGCAUGCCUGGUAUUGGCUCAGGAGGAGGACCAGUUCGUUCUAACGGUGGUUACUCCGGCGGGGCUAGGGAGUCUACUGUUCCGUAUGCUCGGACAGCCGAUACAAGCAAGAAGCACUACGGCUGGUAGAAUAGCAAUCAAUCAAUCUAUAAAAAUCCUACAGUUUAAUAUAGAUCAUGAAAACUCGGUUUUAAGCAGUUCAUUAAAGUAUACUGAGCAUGUUUUAUUUUAGCUUCGCGUUAGCUAUGGAGCGUGGUGCCAUUCUUAACCAGCGUCUUAAACAAAACAAACACUUUUCAAGAUAAUGGAGAGAAGGUGUGAACCUGAUUUUUAUAAUGCAAUAUUCGACUUUUUUUUCUUUAAGUGUAUCUUAUUCGAGGUUCCACCAUGCUAAUUGAUAUGAUGAUUAAAGAUUGAAGAAUCAAUCUUUCGUUAAUGAACCAAAUAUUUGAUAACAUAGAAAACGGACCAAAAAUGAUUUUUAUAAUACAGUCAUCACUUCUCAUGUCACACCUUCUCUCUUAUUAUUGAAAUUCUGUUGGGCCGGGAGUAAGUAAAAUGUAAUUAAAUUUUUUCAUGAAAUUUCAGAAAAA